AUGAGCAUCAGUGAAAUGGAACAGCGCUGCAAUGUGCUACGACAGGAUCUGAAAGUAUGGGAGAAGCACUUCGCCGCCGCGAAUCAUGGUCAGAAGGCUGGGCGCGACGACAUCAAGGCGGAUGCUGAGAUCUCACAAAAGUACAAAGAGUACAACAAGCUCCGAGCUCGCCUCUCAACCACACCAGCACCACAGACCCCCUCGAAACGAGCGGCAAGCCGCAAACCAACUCUCGACGUUGAGCGCACACCGAAAGGACCACCCAAGGCGCUCACGUCUACGCCGAUGAAGAGGAAGAGAGGAGAGGAAGUCUUGUCAGAGAACGCAGAUCAGGCGGCCGAGAUUCUCUCCCCACAAGGACCUACUGUGAUCGGACCUACCCCACAACGCGAUGGCAUAGUCCUGGGCUUAUUCGAUCUUCUUCCCGUGGGGACGCCGAGCAAGAAGAGAGCCAUACUGGGAGACGUAGAACCUAAUGUCCUUCAGACACCGAGUCGGAGGCCUCAAGAGGCGGCAAGCGAGACAUCACUGGAGUCUAGGGCAAGGGGAGAGAGAACACCGCUGUCAUCUGGGAAGCGCUUUCUUCUGAAUCAAUUCGUCACACCGAAGAAGAGGAAACUAGAGGAGGAGGGUACUCCAACGUCUACAUUACGAGGGCUCGCAACACCUGCGUUCUUACGGAGAAACAAUGCCCUCAGUGCGAUUGACGAAGCAGACGAGACUACGCCACGUCCCGCACCAUGGAAACGGCGCGGUCUAGGAAGGAGCUUGAGUGCUAUGAUACAGGCUAUGAAGAAAGACGAGGACGACCGACUAGACGAAGAGGCAGAUAUCAUGAGGGAAUUGGAGAUGGAAGAGGAGGGCAUACCGGUGCCGAAAAAGCCUAGGCUCCCUGAGAUCCUAGUUGAGGACAGUCAGGCAAUGCCUUUGGGUCCUGAUCGAGGUCUCGAGUCUGACGAGGACAGCGAGGACGAGCCAGAGCUUGGUCGCGAUGGCAAGCCGAUGAAGGUGUGGAAGAAGAAGGGCUUGAAGAGGCAGACGAGGCGUAUUAUUAUGCGGCCCAACUUCGUUAAACCCAAGCCUCAACCAGCACUACAAGGAGGUCCGGACGAUUCGGAUAAUGUUGAAGAGACUGGAGUGCCAGAAACCCAAGCACAAGCAGAUAGUGCAACAGGCGAACACGUCUCGGACAACGACGAAUCCGACUACGCAAGUGACGCCUCCCACACACCGAAGAAGCGCAAGACGCUAUCGAAGAAGCCAGAGGACCCAAAGGAAGGCGUAGUUAAGACAGCUGCGCGGAAGAUCAAAGCUACGGCGAAUGCGAACUUUCGACGACUCAAAAUCAAGGGUAAAGGGGGCACCGGCGGAAAGGGGAAGUUUAGUAAGAGGAGGGCAUGGACGCCAAGCCCAGUAGCAGCUCCGCCGUCGAUUGCCUCCGGCGCACGUCAAGCUCCGACUAAGCUUCCGCUCGCCGCAACAAACACGACAACGACGGCAUCUACAGCUUCUUACUCAACACCACAAACUAGCCCAUCCUGCCAAGCCGACUAUACGACUACCGAAGCACCGCAUAGAAUGGCCGAAAAAGAGCUCCAAACGGCGCUCCAGCAGCUCCGCCAGACGCUCCAAUCCCACAACUACCAACAAUCGACCUCAUUACUUUCCAAAGCAAAGAUCGCCCUCCUCAACCUCAACGCCCUCAUCCCACAAGAGAAGUCGCCGCGAAAGCACCUCCAGCUCGCCCGCGAAACCCUCGAGCUUGGCGCCAUCAUCUCCAUUCGCCUCAAAGACACCGUCUCCUUCACCCGCUACUUCCAGCAACUACAGCCCUUCUACUCUCUCCCUGAGUCCGUCUUACCAAAAGACGGCAGCCACGCUAGUAAAGUCACCGGUCUCUAUCUGCUGCUCCUGUUGAGCGACGGCGACUAUGCGGGGUUCCACACGCUGCUCGAGACGCUCGAGGUAGCGGCUGCGCAGGCGGGGAUAAAACUCGAGGACGACCAGUGCAUUCAGUAUCCGAUAAGAUUGGAGCAAGCGCUUAUGGAGGGCAGCUAUGACAAGGUGUGGGGCGAGACUAAGCGGGAGAAGGUGCCGAGUGAGGAGUUUGGCCUGUUUUCCGAGAUUCUCAUCGGCACUAUCCGCAAAGAAAUAGCCUCGUGCAGCGAGCGCGCUUACCCCUCUAUCCCCAUCUCGGACGCCAAAUCUCUCCUCUUCCUCGACUCGGAAGGCAGCGUCGUCAACUUCGCCAAGGAGUCUGGCUGGGUGGUUCGCGACGGCAGGAUAUACUUCCCGCAGCAGGAGGAUGACUACCUGAGCAAAGAUAUUCUGGUCACAAGCGACCAGGUGAUUGAGAAUACGCUGGGGUACGCGCGGGAGUUGGAGACGAUUGUUUGA